GCCAGCGCGGCGCCGUUACCGCCCGGGAAAGGGGAGGAGGCGCCGCCAUCAUGAGCUACGGAUACGGAGAUUGGAAUUCGGGCACGAGCAGAGGUUACGAGGGCUAUGGUUACGGUUAUGGCUACAGCCAGGAGGGCUCUGCCGGUUACGGUUACGGCGCGGCCGCUCCCAAUUCCUGGGCUCCGGGCGGCUCCGAGCCCGACGGAGCCCCCGAGGCCGGGGAGGGCCCCGGGAAGCAGCGAGGGGAGCCCGGAGCCGGCGGCCACCCCGAGGGCACCGCGCACGGCCGCGGAUACGGAGCCACCGGGGACAGGUACGAGCCCUACGAGCCCUACGGCGACUCCCGCUCGGCGCUCAACGACCGCGAGCUCUACCGGGCGGCCUUCGAGUACCCGGGGGAUUACCCUGGGGAUUAUCCCAAUGAUUAUCCAGGGGAUUAUCCCAAUGAUUAUCCCAAUGAUUACCCAGGGGAUUACCCCAAUGAUUACCCCAACGAUUACCCCAACGAUUACCCCGAUUACCCCAACGAAUCCAACGACGCCAACGAUUUCUACGGGCGGCCGCAGCCGCGGGAGCAGCAGCACUUCCAGCCCAAAUUCCGCGAAGGUUUCGGCCCCCGCGGUCCCUGGGGCAGGGAGAGGCCGUUCCAGGCCUUUGGAGCCCGGGGGGGUUGGGCUGAGGGCCGGGGUCCCCCCGGUUCCAGGCGCCUGCCCUCGCUGUUCUCACACAACAUCCUGCCCGAGGGCGGCGCGCCCGCGCCCUUCCGCGCCUUCCCCGGCGCCUUCCGCGGCCUCAAGCGCUUCAGGAGGGGCUGGAGGGGCUGGGACGGCGACUUCAGGCCGCAGCGGAAGCGUCUCCGCCGGGACUCCCUGAGCCGGCGGCGGCCGCAGCCGAGCGAGGAGCGAGCGCCCAGAACCGACGGCUCCGACAACUCCAGCUCCGACAACGAGGAAGGCACAGAAGGAGAAUCUGGAGAAAAGGAAGAAUCCAGAGGGGAAGGGGAGGAUGAAGAAGGAAGAGAUUCUGAGAAAGCCCUGUCCCUCCCAGAGGAGCUGGCCCAGCUCUCCCAGCUCAGGCAGAAGCUCCAGGCCGGGAGGAAAAACCAGGAGAGGCAGAAGAAACGGCACCGGGACCGCAUGGUGGAGAGGAUCCAGUUUGUGUGCUCCCUGUGUAAGUUCCGGACGUUCUUUGAGGACGAGAUCCAGCAGCACCUGGAGAGCAAAUUCCACCGGGAGCAUUUCCAGUUCGUGGGCACCAAACUGCCCCAGCAGACAGCACAGUUCCUGCAGGAAUACGUGGCCAACAAGACGCGGAAGACGGAGGAGCGGCGCCGCGGGAUCCGCGACAUCAACGCCGUGAUCCAGCAGAUCCAGAGGGAGCAGGACCUGACCCAGGAGCUGGGCCUGGAGCACUUUGUGCGCAAGGUGGAGGCCGCUCACUGCUCAGCCUGUGACCUGCUGCUGCCCAUGCACGCGGGAGCCAUCCAGCAGCACCUCAGAUCCCCGGAUCACGGCCACAACCGCAGGGCCAUGAUGGAACAAUCCAAGAAAUCCUCGCUGGUGGUGGCCAGGAGCAUCCUCAACAACAAACUCAUCAGCAAAAAGCUGGAAAAGUACCUCAAGGGAGAAAAUCCCUUCACAGAUGAUCCUGAGGAAAAGGAGGAGCACGAGGAGGGGGAAGGAGCAGGGGAGGAAAAUCCUGAAAAUCCUGAAGAAAAUCCUCAGGAGAGAGCGCCUCCACCAAUCAGAUCAUGGGCGGGAACCAGACUGACCAAUGGGAGUCGGGGGCGGGCAGCGCUGCUGGGGAGCUCAACCAAUCAGAAGAGUUGUGGGCGGGGCCUAGCGGGAGGCCGGCCGUGA